UGGGUUCACAAUCUCAAGACUGCGCCGAAGGAGAGUGAUGCGCAGGGCAUCAUAGCACUUGCAGUAGUCUUUCCUGUUCUGGCUGUCCUCUGCGUCGGGCUCAAGUUCAAGAUUCGAAUAAAGACGAUCGGAUCAGUCGGGUGGGACGAUAUUGCAUUGGCCAUUAGUUGCACGAAAUGGGGCCUUGGUCUCAAAGCGGCAGACUUUCCGACAGAAAAUGCAGUGCCCUUCAGUAGAUUUGCUGGAGGACCACUAUACUGCCUCACAGUCCUGGGGUUCAAAUUGUCGCUACUCAUAUCUUAUCUUCGGGUUGCUGGUUUCAAUCGUACCUACGCCACUGUCGUUUGGACAGUCUUGAUCUCUGUCGUGAUUAGUCAGAUCCUGUUCACCAUACUACUUUCGGCUGGUUGCCGACCAGUCGCAAAGCAAUGGGACCCCAGCAUCCCCGGCAAGUGUCUCAACGCUUUACCUAUAUACUUCGCUCUCGGCGGAACCAGUCUAGGAUGGGACCUGAUCAUCAUCAUCCUACCUUUUCCCAUCCUGCGAAGACUGCAACUAGACUUCCAUAGAAAGAUCGCGCUGUUCGCCGUGUUCAGCUUGGGUUUUUUCGUCACCAUCGUCCAGGCAAUCCGGUUGACAAGCAUCGCGAGGCUUGCGACGUAUACGGACUCGAGAGGGUCAAUCGAAUGGUCUGCUGUCGAGAUUAAUCUUGGAGUGGUUGUCGCAUGCGUUCCAACAUUUGGACCACUGAUCAAAAGGUUUGGCCAGAAGGUAUCACGAGGCUCACGAUCGAAAGUAUCCAAAUUGGCCAACUCAUCGCGACGGAAGACAAAUGAGACACGCAGCCGAAUCCCAGCAGAGAGAACUCGCAGCUGGAAAGGCCCAACGGUGGCCGAAGAUGAGAUCGAGCUAUGGACGUCCACAAAUCGCAUUGCCGGAGGCGCAUCUCGUAUACAAAGCUCAGCAACGGGCUCAGACAAUGAUGAGGAGGGGAAGCAGAGUGCACAUCAAUCUAUCGACGAGCGACAGAUCCGGGUCCAGCGCGAUGUUACAGUGCAACACGAUGAAGCUGUUUGUCAGCGUGUA